GCGUUUGCGGCUUUUUUUACGAUUUUGCAGAAAGCACGCAGAAAGUAUCCAGUAUUGAAGCGAAUUAUUGAGUAUUUCCGGCCCCUCAUAUAUUAAAACAUAACAUUUGUUUACAACUGGAAAGAUGACACACAAUCUUUCCGAAGGUUCACUUGAGGUGAUAAUGAACGGUGGCCACUACGACAAGCCCAUAAUGCAAGUGCUGGGCAGCAAGAAGAUCCAAGGCAGUGGAGCUAACGAGAGGUUUAGACUGCUGGUGUCUGACGGGAAGCACUCUCACAGCUUCGCCAUGCUCGCGACGCAGCUCAACGAGAAGCUGCUGACGGGCGAGCUGUCCGACUACUCCGUGGUGCAGAUCGACCGCUUCGUCACAUCCCUGCUGAAGAACACAGGGAAGGGGGAAAAGAGAGUAAUGAUAAUCCUGGACAUCACAAUCUUAAUGCCUGGUAAGGAUGUUGGCAAGAAGCUGGGCAACCCUCAGACCUGGACAGAGGAGUCUGCUGCAUCUGCCCCGGCCCAGCCGGCCAUGCAGCCUGUGCCCAAGCCCGCCCCGGCACCGGUGGCUAGACCCGCACCCAACCCAGACAUGAACAACAGUCUACUAUCUACUCAGAUGACUCAUCCGAUUGCAAGUCUCAGCCCUUAUCAAAACAAGUGGGUGAUAAAAGCGCGCGUCAUGUCCAAGGGCCCUAUCCGCACGUGGAGCAACGCGAAGGGCGAGGGCAAGCUGUUCAGCAUGGACCUGUGCGACGAGAGCGGCGAGAUCCGCGCCACCGCCUUCCGCGACGCCGUCGACAAGUACUACGAUAUGCUGCAGGUGGACAAAGUCUACUACUUCAGCCGCUGCCAGCUGAAAACCGCCAACAAGCAGUACUCAAGCCUGAAGAACGACUAUGAGAUGACGUUCACAAACGACACGGUGGUGGCUGAGUGUAUGGAGGAUGCUGGGUCUGUGCCCAGUGUGAAGUUUGAGUUUGUGCCCAUCUGUGAUAUUGCCGAGAAGAAUACUGAUGCGCUUAUUGACGUGAUCGGUGUGUGCAAGUCGGCGGGCGACGUGCAGGAGCUGACGGCGAAGAGCUCGGGCCGCCUGCUGAAGAAGCGCGAGGUCACGCUCGUUGACUCCUCCGGCGGGGUGAUAGUGACGCUGUGGGGGAAUGAGGCUGAGGCCUUCAACUGCGCCUCCAACCCCGUUCUAGCAAUCAAGGGUUGCCGCAUCUCGGAGUUCCAGGGCAGCAAGUCUCUCUCGUGCCUCAACAGCUCCAUGCUGCGGCUGCAGCCGGACCUGCCCGAGGCGCACAAGCUCAGAGGCUGGUACGACAACGGCGGCGCCAGCGUCGACCUCGUCAACAUCUCGGCCAAAUCCGGCAACUACACGGGAGGCAGCAACGAAUGGAUCACCUUCUCCGAGGCAGAAGCAAAACAGCUCGGCUCCGGGGAGAAAGGGGACUACUACAGCCUUCUCGGGGUCCUCACAUUCACGUUCGCAGACAACGCGGUGUACAAGGCCUGUCCUCAAGAGCAGUGCAAUAAGAAACUGGUGGAUCAAGAGAAUGGGCUGUUUAGAUGCGAGAAGUGCAAUCGGGAGUACCCGAAUUAUAAGUACAGGAUAUUGCUUGGGGCCAACGUAUCUGACCCGACCGGCGACCAACGCAUAACAGCCUUCAACGAGGCGGCCGAGGCGAUGCUGGCGCGCCCCGCGGCGGAGGUCGGCCGUCUGUUCGACUACGACAAGAAGGCCUACACCGACAUGUUCGAGGACGUCAAGUUCAAGACGUUUGUGUUCAAGUUCAGGACCAAGAUGGAGACUUAUAGCGACGAGGCGCGCCUCAAGACGACAGUGAUGUCGGCGUCGCCGGUGGACUACCGCGACGCCAACGCGCGCCUCGUGCGCAGCAUCAAGGCCGCCACCGGGAUCGAGGUGUAGGUGUUAUUGUUAUAGCUAUGUUUAAGUUUGUAUGGCC